AGAGAGAGAGAGAGAGAGAGAGAGAGAGAGAGAGAGAGUCUCUGCUCAAGGGAGAGAGACACUAGCUGUGAAGACCUUUCUGGGAAGACUUUCGUUUCUGGCUUUCUGCGAUGUCUCUGCUUACAGAUCUCAUCAACCUUAACCUCUCGGAGGCCACGGAGAAGGUGAUCGCUGAGUACAUAUGGAUCGGCGGAUCUGGUAUGGACCUAAGGAGCAAAGCAAGGACUCUCCCAGGACCAGUUAGUGAUGCUUCAAAGCUUCCUAAGUGGAAUUAUGAUGGUUCUAGCACAGGUCAAGCUCCUGGAGAUGACAGUGAAGUUAUCUUAUACCCGCAAGCAAUUUUCAGAGAUCCAUUUAGAAGGGGUAAAAAUAUCUUGGUUAUAUGUGAUGCAUACACUCCUGCUGGAGAACCUAUUCCCACAAACAAGAGACACGCAGCUGCAAAAAUAUUUAGUCACCCAGAUGUCGUUGCCGAAGAACCCUGGUAUGGAAUUGAGCAGGAAUACACCUUGUUGCAGAAAGAUGUCAACUGGCCUCUUGGAUGGCCUGUUGGUGGCUUCCCUGGACCUCAGGGACCAUAUUAUUGUGGUGCUGGUGCGGACAAGGCUUUUGGUCGUGACAUUGUGGAUGCGCAUUACAAAGGCUGCCUAUACGCUGGAAUCAACAUCAGUGGAAUCAAUGGAGAAGUCAUGCCUGGACAAUGGGAGUUCCAAGUUGGUCCUGCAGUUGGCAUCUCUGCUGGUGACGAAUUGUGGUGUGCUCGUUACAUCUUGGAGAGGAUCUGUGAGAUUGCUGGAGUGGUGGUUUCCUUUGACCCCAAGCCAAUUCCGGGUGACUGGAACGGAGCUGGUGCUCACACAAAUUACAGUACUAAGUCCAUGAGGAAUGAGGGAGGAUACGAAGUCAUCAAGAAGGCAAUUGAGAAGCUGGGCAAGAAGCACAAGGAGCACAUCGCUGCAUAUGGUGAAGGCAAUGAACGUCGUCUCACAGGAAAGCACGAGACCGCCAACAUCGAAACUUUCAUAUGGGGUGUUGCCAACCGUGGGGCAUCAAUUAGAGUUGGUAGGGACACAGAGAAAGCAGGAAAGGGUUACUUUGAGGACAGGAGGCCAGCUUCGAACAUGGACCCAUACGUGGUGACUUCCAUGAUUGCGGACACAACCAUUCUCUGGAAACCAUGAAGACUCAGAGAAAUCCUUCCUUGAUAUUACCGUUUGCUCUCAUUCUCUAUUGUUAUAUUUGGUCAGCUUAAUUCUACUAGGUGGUCUUGUGUAGGAUGAUGAUUAGCAAUCUUCCUGUGGUUCGUUUGCUGUUUGGCUUGCUGGGCAUUGUUUGAUUCACGGGACCGAAGCAAGUGUAUUGCUCCUUCCAAUUCUCUCAUUGUCACUCUAAACGUUCUGCAAUAAUGUACUGGUCUCUUUUUUUUAAGGUGUUGUUAUCAUUGAUAAUAAAUAUAUGAUACUGUCAAGCCCAUGGCAUGGCAAAUUGGCAA